AAAGAAGAAGAAAAAGCAGCUCAGGCUUCAUGAAGAUGCGGCUCGCGCUGACGUUUCUGAUGGAUUAUAAAUAUUAAAUAACGUUUCUGAAUCAGCUGUUUUAUCCACGAACCCUUUGACUUGUUUAGUCUGAAUCCUCACCGCUGGAGGGUGAAUUAAACACGUCAUUUUAGCGGUUUUCCUGCUGGGGUUAGCAUCCUGCUGUUAGCAUAUGGCUAACCGGUGUAGUUGCUGACCCGGGAACCGAUAGUCACCGGUUCUGGUACCCUCCCAUUCAGUCCCGCGGUCCUGUUCCUGCAGACGGGGCCUUCAUGUUGAACCACCUCUCCGCUGCUCUAACGCUCUUCCCCCGCCGACUAGUCGCUUCCUCCCCGCGAACUUUCUCCGGAGCGCUCCGCCGUUUUUGCGGGAUGGAAGCGGCCGUGGUGAGGUGCCUCCCCGGGGAGCCUAAGCUCACCAUCUCCUUCUGUCUGCAGGGCAGCCACAAGCACAUGCUGCGGGACCAGGACGAGCCGCUGGGCAAGGUCCUGGCCCGGAUCUCCAACGGCAUAGCCAAGAACCAGGCAAAGGCGAAGAAGUCGAAGAAGAACCGGGGUCAGGAGCAGCCCGGUGAAACGCCGGAGCCCGCCGUGGUGAAACUGCUCUACGGCGGGUUAGAGGUGCCGGAGACACUGCUGAACGCGGAGGCGUGGCGGGACGGGUCCGUGCUGCAGGUGGGAGAUGUUCAGUACUCGGUGCAGAGGAACGCUCCCACUUUCACCACCGCGGAGCUCCCGGUGUCCCUGAUGGCCGGCUUCCCCGUCUGCCCCAAACUGGAGGUGGAGUUUGGAAACCUCCAGGACUGCGAGUUCAGCUGGUUCAGAGAACCCUGCCCACACACGAGGUCUGAAGCUCAUGGAGAGGCUUCAGGUCAGGACAGUGGUUGGACUCAGGUCGGGUGUGAGCAAGUUUACGUCCCAUCCAAUCAGGACAUCAGCUUCAGACUCAAACUGAGCUGCACGCCCAAAGAUGGAAGCCGUGGCGGCCCGGCCAAGGAGCUGGUUUCUGUGGGAGCCGUGGAGGCCGGACCGGGCGUGUGCCUGUUCGACAAUCGUCACGCUUUCACUGCCAAAGAGACGGACUGGCCGACCGUGAGGGUGGUGUCGUAUAACAUCCUCGCCGACAUCUACGCCCAGACCGACCUGUCCAAGACGGUGCUGUACCCGUACUGCGCCCCCUACGCCCUGCAGCUGGACUACAGACAGAACCUGAUCAAGAAGGAGCUGGCCGGGUACAACGGUGACAUUAUCUGUCUGCAGGAGGUCGAUAAAGGAGUGUAUGUGGACAGCCUGACUCCGGCUCUGGAUGCCUUCGGUCUGGACGGCGUUUUCAGGGUCAAAGAGAAGCAGCACGAAGGACUCGCCACCUUCUACCGCAGGUCAAAGUUUCAGCUGCUGAGCAGUCACGACAUCAUGCUGAGCGAGGCGUUGACCUCUGACCCCAUCCAUGCUGAGCUGCUGAAGAAGGUUUCUACCAACAGCGCCCUGAAGACGAAGGUCCUGCAGAGGUCCACCUCGCUGCAGGUCAGUGUGCUUGAGGACCUCCGUAAACCCGGCAGGAGGGUCUGCGUGGCCAACACUCACCUGUACUGGCACCCAAAAGGGGGGAAUGUUCGCUUGGUCCAGAUGGGCGUGGCUUUGAAGCACCUGAGUCAUGUGAUCAAUGAGGUUGCACCUGGAACCCCUCUGGUCUUCUGUGGAGACUUUAACUCCACCCCAACUGCAGGUGUGUUCCAGCUGCUCAGUGAGGCUGUGGUUCCCCCCCAGCAUGCAGACUGGAGCAGCUCGGGCCCGGAGGAGUCCUGCAGCAUGGAGCUGCUGUCUGCCGUCCCCCCUCUGCUGAGCGCCUGUGGACAGCCAGCCUACACCAACUACGUGAGAGGGUUUCACGGCUGCCUGGAUUACAUCUUCAUCCAGCCGGACAGCAUGCAGGUGGAGCAGGUGAUCCCUCUGCCCAGCCACGAGGAGGUCACCACCUACGAGGCUCUGCCCAGCGUGGCUCACCCCUCCGACCACAUCGCUCUGGUCUGCGACCUGCGCUGGAAACCCUGACCUCUGACCUCCAACCGCGACGUUCUUAAAAGCAGGAGCCUGAGGUUUAAAGUGCAUCCCUGCAGGUUUCCUGAGAAGAACCAAGAACUGUCUUCACCCACAGCACAAUGAAGGUUCACGUGAAAUCAUUCACUGGACCUAUUAUUAGACAUCACUGAUAUUCAGUGUUGGGAUGAGAAAAGUAAUUAAGAGCACAUUUUAAAAAGGGAGCUGAUUACUUUGGCUGGUAAAUACUCAAAAACAAACUCAGUACUGCAUCAUCUGAUCAGUGAUCACUGAGGUUUAAUUCUGGGGUCAUAGAUGAAUAUGAACCUUUUACUAGAAGUAUUUAUUAUCAGAUUUUAAAUAAAGUCUGCAGUCUCUCACUUACUGUCAUCCAUCUGUAUCUAAAGGAGGGGAAGAUGUUUCUUUACUGAGACCCAAAAAUGAAACAUCUUCUCUCAGUUUCCUCCUUCACUGAACUGUUUUUGACAGUUUGUUCUGUUACAGCUUUAUUUACAAAAACAGGUAAAAUGUGACACAAACAGUAUUUACAUAAUCAAAUGAUGUUUAUUUCAUAAGACACGAUGAUAUAAUACCAGUCACACGUUUGAAUAUCUACAGUCUGAACUUCAGUCUCAUAUGUGAUGAUAUCAGGAAUAUUAAACCUCUGAUGAACACAAUAAAUGCAAAUUUAUCUGAUUCUUCUUACACCACCAGGGUGAGAACUGUAACAACAUCAUUUUCAUAAACAAAUGAGAGCAUAAACACACUGUGUGCAGCAGUUUCAGGUAAGUCUCAUUAAAGCCAGGGGUGAAAGUACUUUUAAAUUCUU